AUGGCACGCAUCUUACUGGGAUGCUUAGUGGGAAAGGUUCCUAGAAGGGUUGUACUUGCCUACCGCUCCCUACUAGACUUCAUCUAUUUAGCCCAGUACCCCACUCACAACGAUCACACCCUAGGCUAUCUUCAAGAUGCUUUGGACACAUUUCACAAACAUAAGUCCAUGCUUAUUGAGCUGGGCAUACGCGACCACUUCAAUAUUCCCAAAAUACACAGCCUCACCCACUAUAUCAACUCUAUACGCAUGUUUGGUGCUACUGACAAUUACAAUACUGAGGCUUUUGAGUGCCUCCAUAUUGAUUUUGCCAAGGACGCCUGGAGGGUUACCAAUAAAAGGGAUGAGCAUCCACAAAUGGCUUCCUGGCUGGAUAGGUAUGAGAAGGUGUUGUCUUUCCAGCUAUACUUGGAUAGUCUAGGCGAAACACCCAACUCACAUGAAACUAAUCCCCAACCUCACAUAUCCCUACCAAAAAGGCCCCAUCAGUACGGUCAAUCACUUCAAAAUAUCAUGGACGCCCAUCACUGCCCUGGACUGACACCAGACCUCAAAACUUAUCUCAAUCAGUUGAGGAGCAGGGCUAUAGGUGAAGGUUUGGGGCAAAAUAGAUUAGAGAUGACACAGCUUCCAUUUGAAAAGCUUGACGUAUACCAUGGUUUUAAGUUUGUUUUGGAGGAACUGGGGGAGGAUGUGGUGGAUGGCCAUGGACCAAAUGACUGGGUAAGAGCAUGCCCAAAGACUAGGGGCCCCCAUGGUCAGGAACAGUUUGAUACAGUUGUGGUGAUGAGGACUGAUGAGUGUGAAGGCACAGGCCUUCAAGGUGAGUUGAUUUUGUUUACUUUUCUUUUCAAGCUACCCAAACAGGUCUAUGGUGCUUUUGCCUCCCCAGAGUACUGGCCAACGGAACCCCUGGCCUAUAUCCAAUGGUAUACUCCACUUAAACCUGCACCAGAGAAAGACCACCUUAUGUAUCAGGUGAAGAAGAUGCCCCUAAGGAAUGGUAAUAUGGCCCCAGCCAAUAUCAUUCCUCUCAGCAGUAUCCGUCAGACU